CUGCUACACGUCUCAGAUCUAACGCUGACCUUCUGACUCUAUUCUCUCUCUCACUCUGUCUCUCGCUCUCUAUACGAUGACGUAACAGAACAAUAAGUGCUGGGUAACUUACUAUUCUCUCGCUUUGCAUCUACUGCAGUAUUCUCCCUCCAUUUAGAUGAGCGAUUGCUCCUCUAUUCUGAGCCUACUCCACUGAACAAUCAUGAGCAGGAAUAGUCUGGGAGAAUCUCUCGUCGGAGGUAGGAAUGCUCCGCCGGGAUCGCAUUCCCAGCACCAUAGCCGAGGUCACAGUUUAAACGGCUUUUCCAGAGACACCGACGAGAACUUGGAUCUCUUCUCCAAGAACCGCCGCAAUCUCUCUGUCGCCACUUCUGACGAAUCUUCCAAUGUUUCGGCGAAACUAGGAAGACUUUCCAUUGUAUCAGCCAAACUGUUAAAGAGCGGGGUCGAUGAUCUAUUGUCUUCCAUAGAUGGAGGGAAGCAUGAUUAUGACUGGCUUCUCACUCCUCCUGAAACUCCUCUCUUUCCAUCAUCCGAGGCCAGCGAGUCACGACCAACUUCAGCGGCUCCAAGAAGCAGUUCCUUGGCUAGAUCAGUUUCUACUACUAAAGCCUCAAGGCUUUCUACCUCACAAUCAGAGAACUACCAUUCCACUAGACCAACAAGAAGCAGUUCCGCGACUCACUCCUCUAUCUCGUCUUCACAAUUUAGUACCCAUUCGUUAAACAGAUCAUUUUCAAUCCUGAAUACAAGCUCAGCUUCAGUUUCAUCUUACAUCAGACCAUCCUCCCCACUUACCCGCUCUCCAUCUACAGCAAGGCCUUCCACGCCAUCUGCUCGCCCAACCACUUCACGUCCUUCAACUCCAUCCAGAGUUCGUCCAGCCCCCACCAGCUCUUCUAUUGACAAGACUCGCCAAUCCCAAAACUCAAGACCCUCAACUCCAAGUUCUAGGGCACAAAUUCCUGCAAACUUGAAUUCCACUGCUACUCGUUCAAAUUCUCGUCCAUCGACUCCCACACGUCGGAAUCCAGUACCUUCAGUGACACCUACCUCAGGUCCUUCAACUUCAGCUGGACGUGUUCUUUCAAAUGGGCGUACACCUGCACCGGCAUCCCGACCAAGUUCCCCAGGGCCCCGACUCCGAUCUCCACAACAGCCAGUUGUUCCUCCUGAUUUUCCUCUUGACACACCUCCAAACCUUAGAACAACUUUUCCAGAUAGACCACUCUCUGCUGGUAGGUCCCGACCAGGUCCGGCAAUCGCCACAAACGGAAAUUCAGAAACUACGGGCUCAAGAAAUGUGCCAAGAAGACAUUCAUCACCAAUUAUCUCAAGGGGAAGAAUCUCAGAUGCCCCUGGAAAGGGUUGUGUUCAUUCCAAUGGGCAUGUGGCUGACGUGUCUGAGCCUCGAAAAGUUUCACACACGUCAGAUUUGGGAAUGCGGAGAUCUGCCAAGUCAUCAUCAACUGUCACAGAGAGUACUGGGUUUGGAAGGACAUUAUCAAAGAAGUCUUUGGAUAUGGCACUCAGGCAUAUGGACGUAAGAAAUAGAACAGGAACAGGAAGCACUCGCGUACUUUCAAGCACCACUCUUUUCCCUCAGAGCAUUCGAUCUGCUUCCAAAGCCCAAUCAGGCCGUUCUACAAGUGAUCCAGAAUCCAUUAAUAUUGGAGAUAUAUGGGAGAAUGGAAACCACAGUCCUGCAGAAAUCAGAAGUGAAUCUAUUGAUGGAAGGUACUCGGCAAAAUUGAGUGAAGUUGACAUCUAUGAAAGCUCCCGUUAUGAUGCCAUAUUACUCAAAGAGGAUUUACAGAACACCAACUGGCUGCACAGUAUUGAUGAUAAAUCUGAUCAAGGGCCAACCUUUGAUAAUGGAUUUGAGUCCCUGCCUGAACCGUUUGGCCCAUUAUAGCAUAAGUUGAGGUUUUGCUUUAGAUAUUUAUAAAAAUUGUUUUUUAUUCUCGUAAAUUAUGUGCUUUACUACUAAAACUGAUACAAGCGAAAUAAGGGGCAGUCCGUGGGCAGUAGGGUGUAUAAAAUCAUAAAAUAAAUUUUUGAAUAAAAUUGGUUUCUGUUUUUCCGAAAA